AUGAGAGCCACGAUUCUAUUCCUGGGCCUGGCAUCUGUUGCCAUCGCAGCCCCCAGAAAGGGCGGAUUGCAGCAGGCGGAGCAGGUUGACAAUCCUUUGAGAAAUCGGAAUGUUUCAACCGCCGGGACAAAGAUCAUCUUAGACAAUGAUUGGAGUACUGCCGGUUUCAUCCCGUACCUCCUGGCUCUUGAUGCUGGCUGGGAUGUUCUCGGUCUCAUUGGUGAUACUGGCGACUCUUGGGCUCUCCAAACUAGUCUACAUGGGCUGGCAACCCUAGAAGCUGGCAAAUUGUCUCCUUGUAUUCCUGUGUACAAAGGUUCCGAUUAUCCUCUGGUCAAUACUCCGGAGCUGUUCCAGGAAUGGGAAGAACUCCACGGAGAUUUACCCUGGCAAGGUGCUUUCGCUCCUGAAAACCUUACUGCCGAGGCACUUGGUAGUGACCCAACAUCUGGCAAUCCAGAGAAAAUCGUCAAGGCGGCCUUCAAUGAAGGGUUCCCUAACGGAACACUGGCCGGGAACAACUCUGCUGCUUGGAUGGUCGAGCAAGUGCGCAAAUAUCCAGGCGAGGUCAUGAUAUUCAGCGGUGGUGCUUUGACCAACAUUGCACUAGCUGUUCGGUUGGAUCCCGAGUUUGCGUCCUUGGCUAAAGGUUUGGUGAUCAUGGGAGGUUAUCUCGACGUGACUCUUCUACAGACUUCUGGGUCCGUUUUGCAAGCGGAUCUCAAUUCGGAUAUCAACCUCAAGAUUGAUCCCGAGGGAGCAAAAAUUGCCUUGACAGCUGAAUUUCCAAGUAUCACAAUCGUCGGCAAUGCUGCCAACCAGGUCAUGUCAACCCAGGAUUACUUGGACGAGGUCUACGAGGUUCAGACUGCGUACACCGAGCUUUUCCAUGAAUACUACGGCACAGAGUUCCCUUUUUGGGACGAGACUGCAAUUUUCUCUGUAUUGGACAACAGUAAUGUGCUAAACUCUACAACUUUCUACCUCGACGUCGAUGUUUCUUACGCAUCUCCUUACUAUGGAAACAUCAUCGGGUACCAAGAAGCGUUGAAACCACGUGCGCAGAAGCUGCAAAAAGUCAACUUUAUCUAUGAAAUCGAUGGCAACAAGCUUAAGACGACGAUGAAGCAUGCAUUACAGUAUCCGAAGACAUGCUCGGAUUUGGCUUGA